AUGAAUCCCGGGGAGUUCAAGCGGCCAAGUCGUCGAUUCAAUGAGCCCCCCGUUAAGCUGGCUUGUCUUUCUUGUCGUGCCCUGCGGAUUCGCUGUGAUGGCCAGGCGGAAUGUGCCAACUGUAUAGCCAAAGGGAGGUCAUGCUGCUAUGUCCCCAGCCGGCGAGGUGGUCCCCGAAAUUGUCUAGCACGACGGAAUAGAGGCACCGUCGCUGGUGGCGGUGCAACGGAUCUGCCAUCGACAGAGGAAAUAAACCCUCUGGCAGGGUCACCCACUCCGAUGGAGCCGGAGGCGAGAUCGAACACUGGGGCAGACGAAUGGGUCAGUCAACUCAGUGGCCUGUGUGGUCCUGGAGCUGGACUGCGUAACGUGGAAAUGCCCUUGGCGGAGAUAGAUUCCAUCUUCGACUCUAUCUUUACACCUUUAAGCAAGGAUCCAUCGGAUUCGCAGACCUCCUCCGGGACCAACCGGAUUCGUAUCUAUGACAGUAACGAGGACUUACUGGAUGCGUAUUAUAUCUUCAUCCACCCAUAUUUCCCUAUUCUCCCUCCGCUGGAACGCCUCCCUGUCACUACCAGUUCAAUAUCGGAAAAGGCACCGAGCUUUGAGCCGUCCAAUCCCCUAGGGAGGGCCAUCGCUGCCAUACUGGUCCUCAUUCCUCAUCCAAACGAAAAGGAACCCUCGAGGCCGGCCUACGUAAAGAUCCGUAGAGACUUUGCGCAUUGCUUUGCUAAAUCGGCCCUGGAUGCGGUUGAAAUGGAUUAUGAGCGGCUUCAAUUCUGCAAGAACCCUCAGGAUCACCACGCAGAAGGCGUGGAAGCGUUCCGCCGCGAACCAUUUCACCCAAAACUACCAGUGUCUUUAGAAGGCGUGGUGGCUCUUGCCUUGCUAAGUGUCUACGAGUAUGCGCAACAAGGGCACCUGGAACGGAUGCUUCAUCGGGCAAGUCAAGCGUUGGCGCUGGCGCUGAGUAUGUCACUUCAUGAGGCACUGGACGAAGACGUGUUCGCGGAAGCUCGACGUCGGACAUGGUGGAUGACGUAUAUAGUAAUAUGCCAGGCAUUGGCCGUGAACCAUAUGCCACCAACGUUCGACUUGUAUGACCCUUGGUUUGUGACUCCGUAUCCAGAGGGGUGGAAGCUACUCGUCGAAGCCCAACAGACCCUUCUCGAAUCGGCAACAUUUACUCGCGAUCUCGAUCAGGCAAUAAAGUCCGGUAGUGAUGCAUCAUGGGUGCUCUCACGGAUGGCCCAACUGGAUAGCCAGAUGGCUUCGCUCUUGCUUCUUUGUCGACAUGCUCCUUCAGUGUCUGAAAUGGUGCCUCCUUCAGAUUCUCCGGACUUUAUUGCAUCGAAGGCAAUGCGGGCAUGUGCAGAGAUCCGACUACAUACUGCACGUAUCAAAAUCCACCGACUUUGCGCUUUUCAAGACAUCACAGCUAUCUCAAAGCGAGCCGAGGACCUCGAAACCACGCCACUUGACCCGAUCGACGGCUCACUUGAGCCAGGGAACAGUCCGAUUUACAUCCAAGACCCUCCGAUUCCCUCUCAUGCUCAUAACCUCUCCUUCCCCUUCUCCUCGGACGAAUCCUCUAAAAUCUGCCUUCACGCCGCUUUCAAUGUUGUCGUCUUGCUCGACAAUCUUCCAUACCCGAACCCCACGAACGAGAUAUGCGAGACGAGCGCAUUUCUCUCCUUAGGAUUGGAGACCGAGUUGCCUCGAGCCAUGCCGACAUUGGUAUGCUGUGCAAUGCAGGCUGGGUAUGCACUGUUGAUGCUAUGCGUCAAAGCGCGCGCCCUUCAGCACACCGGCAGGGUUGGGUCCGGACAAUUGGCUACCUCCUUGACUGGGUUUAGGGAUGAGCUUUACCAGAGCUUGCAGCUGGUGAUCAAGUGUCUCGGGAACUAUUCGAUUGCAUAUGAAGCAUUACAUGGCGUGAGAGAUGAAAUAUCCCAGGCAAUUGAGAGAGAAUUCCGGUCUUAA